CCGACGCACUAUCGAUCGCUGCGCGAUUUUUCUUUUUGGUACGGUAUGAGUCAUUUCAAAUGUCAUUGCUGCAAUGAAGGUUUUCACGUAAGGUGGACAUUUUUUGGUUCGAUGAUUCUUGUGCGAAAGUGGAAGAAAAUUCGUGACAGGCUGAUUCUUGGAUUUUGGGGAAUAUUGAUUGAUUUUUAGAGGAAAUGAGAAGACAGAUUUUGUUCAGGGGAUUUUAUUGGCGGUGAAAAGGUUUGAGGUGGAGGGAUGGAGCUCGAAAUAGGAGAUCAAAGAAAUAAUGAAUUGUUAAGAAAUAAAAAAACAUAUCGUCGAGCCCGAGUGAGAGCGAGACAGAAGAUUGCAACGGGUCCAAAGACAGUGUUCCAAGUGUGUGCGAAUCAUAGUGAAAAAAAGAAGAAGAAGAUGCAAAUAUUAACAAAUGAAAUAACUCGUACUGACUGUUUGUGUACACCCACUGGAAAAUGUGAAAGAGUCGAGGGAAAACCGGAGGACAAAUAGAAAAAUAGUGGGGAAAAUAAUAGUAACACAAUAACACGUUUGCGUCGUAAGAUGUGCGAACCCAAGUAUUGCUCGUUUAUCGGUUUGUGUACGUGCACGGUGGUACAUGAACGAGGGUGAAAUCAAGAAAAAUUCACGUAAAAUCGUGAUAUCAACACUCAUCCCCAAAUUCCAACGAAACGAACAAUAAAUAUCCAGAUCCAGAUAUAAAAGUACCAACGAGACUCCCACAAUUCAAUCAUUUGUAAAUAAUGAGAUAAUUGAUCCAAUACCUUCCAAGUAAUUUUCAUCAGUGGAAGGAAAAAAAAGACGUUGAAAUAUAUUUCCAACGAAGAUGAAAGACAAUCCGUCAUCUCCAUUGGGUCAGUUAAGCGUCAGAGUAGGACAAAAAAAUGUCCACUAAUAUCAGCACCAGUGAUUAUUAACUUAAUUAUCGAAUAAAAUAGAUUCAACGACAAUGCUAGUUGAUGAUAUUGUCACUAUCAUAAAGCUCCACGAGACGUACCGUCAGCCCUGUGGACGGACAUUUUUCUGAGAGCAAUUGCUCACAAACACUGAUAAAUGUUGCACAUUUAGUGAAUUUUCUUCUUCCUCUUUUUUUUUUAUUUUUUUUUCUUUACUCUAUUUGUUUUUGUGGAUAUGUUUUCGUCUCCGGCAUCUGUAGUGGGCGAGCCGUCAGGCUACGACUUUCAAAAAGAGGAGAAUGCUGCCAAAUGGAAGGGAGUCUUUGUCAAUUCCCUGAGAAAGGUCCUUGAACAGGUGCACCCGAGUCUAGAAGCCCGUCAGGAUGCCCUCGAUUACGUGGAGAGCCUCAUUCUGAGGAUGCUUGGCAUGCUGUGUGGUCAUCCACCACCUCAUACACCUCAGGAUGUUGAAGAGAGGGUCAGGAGGACAUUUCCAACGCCAAUCGACAGGUGGGCACUCAGAGAUGCCAGGGAUGCACUCGAAAAGGGGAAGAAAAAAUCACCUCUGGUUCUGCCAGUUGAUAAAAUCCACCAAUUGCUCCAGAAGGAGGUUCUGCAACACAAAAUCGACUCACAAGUUAGUCUCUUCGUCGUUGGGGUGCUCGAAUAUAUUUCAGCAGAUAUUUUAAAGUUGGCUGGAAAUUAUGUUAAAAACAUUCGACACGUUGAAAUUUCCUGCGAGGACAUCAGAGUGGCCAUGUACGCAGAUAUGGUGUUGAUGGACAUGUUCUACCAGGACGAUGCAACAGAGGGGCCCCAGAGUAGUCUGGGUGCAGUUGUCUCCCAGACAUACGAGGAGUCAGUGCGCGAUCUCAUCCACGACGAGCGCCACUACCUGCGUGAUCUCCAUAUGAUAAUUAAAGUAUUCCGAGAAGAAAUAGCAAAACUCGCUCAGGACAAAACCGAGCUUGAGACUCUCUUUAGCAAUAUAAUGGAUAUUUACGAAGUGACAGUGACACUUCUAGGCAGUUUAGAGGACAUAAUGGAGAUAACCGAGGAGAAGCAAAUACCAACUGUUGGCUCGUGCUUCGAGGAGCUGGCAGAGGCAGCUGAAUUUGACGUUUAUAUUAAAUACGCUCGUGACAUGAAUAGUCCAGGUAGUCGAGAAAUUCUCACGAGAUUACUGUCAAGACCUGAGGCAAAUGCUGCCCUCAGAGCUGCAGGUCACGGCUUCAAAGAAGCUGUCAAAUAUUACCUGCCAAAGCUACUGUUGCAACCAGUGUGGCAUUGUUUUUUGUACUUUGAUUACAUUAAAGUAUUACAGAAGAGAACACCCAACAUCGAGGAUGAGGAAACCUUAGAGCAGGUGCAGGGUCUUCUGAGGCCAUUGCAAAUGGAAUUAGUCCAGUCUGUUGCGAGUUUACCGAAGAAAGAUACAGGGCUGAGGAUGCAGAGUCGUGCAAGGAGGCAUGCAGCACUGGAAAAAACUAGUGAACUACAGAAAACAGUUGAUGGAUGGGAUCAGAGGGACAUUGGACAGUGCUGCAAUGAAUUUAUACGUGAGGAUAUGUUGGGAAAGGUCGGGAGCAAUGGGAGGCGUUUGACUGAGAGGAGGGCUUUGCUUUUUGAUGGAUUGUUGGUACUUUGUAAACCCUCUGGGGGUAAAAGAGUCAGUGUUUCAGUUGCUGCAGUGGGUGUUGGUGGUGGGCAGGCUCAUCCUGUUGAGCUUCGACUCAAGGAGCGAUUUUUCAUAAGAAAAGUUGAUAUAAUUGAUCGCGAGGACACUGACGAGCUCAAGAAUGCCUUUGAAAUUGCACCCAGGGAUCAUCCAAACGUCACUCUUGUCGCUAAAUCCGUCGAGGACAAGAACAGCUGGAUGGCUGAUCUCGUUAUGCUCAAUACCAAGAGCAUGCUUGAGAGAACUCUCGAUAGUAUUCUUCUGGAUGAGGAGAGGAAACAUCCUCUCAGGUUACCUCCUCCGGAAUUGUACAAAUUCGCUGAGCAAGAUUCUCCGGAGAAUGUUGUCCUCGAGGCUAGGGAAAAUGGAGGUGUGCCUCUCAUCAAGGGUGCAACGUUAGUUAAAUUAGUGGAGAGACUCACUUAUCACAUUUAUGCCGAUCCGGCGUUUGUACGGACAUUCCUCACUACUUAUAGGAGUUUUUGCUCACCCCAGGAGCUGCUGAUUCUUCUCAUCGAGAGAUUCGAUAUCCCGGAUCCAUCGCUGGUUUACGGCGAUGAGGAGAAGCCCACGGGGUGCAAAGCCACGGCUAGAGAAGACUGGAAGAGAUACAGAAAGGAAUUUUGUCAACCCGUGCAAUUUCGAGUUCUCAAUGUCCUGAGGCAUUGGGUAGACCAUCAUUUUUACGACUUCGAGAGAGAUAGAAAUCUUUUAGAGAGACUUCAACAGUUUCUCGACACAAUAAGUGGUAAAUCCAUGAGGAAGUGGGUGGAUUCUGUAAUUAAAAUAGUCCAGAGAAAGUGUGAGCCCUCUGAGCAGAGGCCGAUCACCUUCAGUUUUGAGAAAUCACCACCACCAAUCGAGUGGCACCUGAGAGUCCCCGAGGAGGAGUGGGGAAUACUCACACUUCAUCCGAUAGAAUUAGCAAGACAACUAACUCUCCUGGAAUUCGAGCUGUACAGAACAGUAAAAUCAUCGGAAUUAGUUGGUGAAGCCUGGACGAAGAAAGACAAGGACAAGAACUCUCCGAACCUCUUGAGGAUGAUAAAGCACACGACAAACUUCACAAGAUGGUUGGAAAAAACAAUUUUGGAAACUGAAAAUAUUGAGGAGCGUGCAGCAAUUGUUGCUCGAGCAGUUGAAGUGAUGAUGGUGCUGCAGGAGCUUAAUAAUUUCAAUGGAGUCCUGGCGAUAGUCUCUGCAAUGGGUUCAGCAGCAGUAUUUCGCCUGAAGCACACGUUUCAACGUCUCUCUGAGCGUCAAGCGAAGGUCCUGGAAGAGGCACGAGAAUUGAAUAGCGAUCACUUCCGCAAGUACCAGGAGAAACUUCGCUCAAUAAAUCCCCCGUGUGUCCCCUUCUUCGGAAUGUACCUGACAAAUAUCCUUCACAUUGAGACAGGCAAUUCUGAUUAUCUCCCCAACAGUCCAGAGUUGAUAAACUUCAGUAAACGAAGAAAAGUCGCUGAGAUAACUGGUGAAAUUCAGCAGUACCAGAAUCAGCCAUAUUGUCUGUCAGUGGAGACGAGAAUUCGACACUUCAUCGAGAAUCUGUGCCCCUUCGACUCGAGUAUGAGUGAGGCAGACAUAAGUACUUACUUGUACGAGAAAAGCCUCGAGCUGGAGCCAAGGGGUUGCAGACAGCCCCUGCGAGCCCCCAGGAAAUGGCCAGACUUGAAUCUCAAGUCCCCCGGGCUCAAGCCAAGAUCAAUGAGUGGAAAAGUUCCACAACCCCUGCAAGCAGUGGCAUCGAGUGUGAGAUUGCACGAUCCGACGCCUGAAGUACCACCAGAAUUGCCAGAAAGUCCACACACAAUCCAGAGUUUCACACACGUUGGGGAUCACAGUGUUUUUGCUCCGGUCCUCCUUGGAAGUGGUUCCGGCCCUCCUCCGGGUUCUCCAGGUCCCCUCAGCAUGUCUGCACUGUCCCUGGGAUCGCCUGGAAAUAGUCCUCAAUUGGGAUCACCUGGCCACUUGCCCUCGUAUCAUCAACAGCCUCAGGGCACACACUUUGGCUUCAAUUCUGGGACAAUUGGGGUUAUGGGUGCCCCUACCGGCCUUUCUUCGUCCUCUGGUAGCCCUGGGGCACCUCUUCCACCUCCACCAUCACCAAGUCAUGCAUCACCCAGCAAACCACCGCCUCCACUGCCUCCAAGGCAUCACAGAAGACGAGAGAGUUCUAUCAGUGAGUCUCCACAUCAGGCGAGACAAGCUCCUAAUGCUCCAAUGCUUCCACCGAGAGAAGGAGCCUCUUCACCACCUCCACUGCCACCCAGAAGGGACGUUCCACCAGUGAUGUUACCACCGAGGCUACCCAGCACUCUCAAUCCAAGCACGUCAGCCCUUUUGGCGAGGAGAAAUUCAAAUCUUGAGGGGACUAGCUCGACCGCUGGUCAUACCAAGAGGUACAUGUCUUUCAAUGGACCUAGUCCCACAAUGCUUCCUCCAAGCCAGCCCAAUGGCUCUGUUACACCCAGAUUACCCCCCAAACCAUUGACAGGACGUCCCCCAACGACAAUGUUCAAUUUUAAUCCACCAUCUGGACCCAGUUAAGGUUCCACUUGU